GGAAGUAGUGCGUCGAAUUUCAUUUGCCGACCGAAAAUCCUCCUCAUAACAAGUUGCACCUGAGAUUCCAACUGGUUGCUCUUUCUUUCAGACAGUGCUGUCAUGGCUGGCAGAAGAGUUGUGGUCUUCCCCUCCGCAACGGAGCUUGGUCCAGUGCUGGCCACUUUGGUGACAUCUCGGGCUGAGAAGGCCAUCGCUUCUCACGGCAGGUUCACCCUGGGCCUCUCUGGAGGAAGCCUUGUCUCCAUGCUCAGCAAAGAGCUGCUCGCCCUGCCAGAGUUGGACUGCAGCAAGUGGGUUGUUGGUUUCUGUGACGAGCGACUGGUUUCCUUUGAUGAUCCAGAGAGCACCUAUGGGCUGUACAAGGGUCAGUUGUUUUCCAAGGUCAACAUCCCUGACAGUGGGAUCUUAACCAUCGAUGCCUCUUUGCCUGUCGCUGAGUGUGCUGAGGAUUAUACCCGCAAACUGAAGGAGGCCUUCCCAGAUGAUGACAUCCCAGUGUUUGAUUUGUUACUGCUGGGCAUGGGGCCUGACGGACACACCUGUUCCCUCUUCCCAGGCCACCCACUCCUGGAGGAAACCAAGAAGAUUGUGGCACCCAUCAGCGACUCUCCCAAACCACCGCCACAGCGGGUAACUAUGACUUUUCCAGUGGUGAACUCUGCUCGCUGUGUGGCUUUUGUAUCAACAGGAGGAAGCAAAGCACCCAUUUUGAAGGAAGUGCUAGAGGGUAGAGAGGGUCCAGCGUUUCCAGCAGCGCGUGUUGUCCCGACCAACGGCGAGCUGUUCUGGCUUGUUGAUGACCCCGCAGCUGCCUCCCUAACUAUCCAGGUAGAGAGGCUGGGGUCAGGGGCCAAACUGUAGAGAUUUUACACCACUGGUGUGAAAACCUGAAUGAGGAGACUGGAAAAUAGUGCAGAACAUUCCUACUUUCACAUGAAAGUGUAAUUGGUUUACGCUGGUGAGAUAGUGACCUGCCCCCCAUAUAGCACUUGUUGGUUUGUGUGUGUAUGUGUAUGUGUGUGUCUUUAUACAGGUAAGGUUUAAGGUUAUGCAGACACCGGUUAUGAUUUGUAUGUUUAACACUAGAAGUCAGUUGUAAUUCAGCUGUGCAACAUAUACAAGAGUGAUAUGGAAAAUUGUAGUGGACAUAAACUGAGAAUGAAUUUUUCAGUGAAGACAUCUUGCAUCCAGAAACUAAAACUUUUGAAAUAAAAACUGCUUGUUUCACACUGAAAAUCAGUACUCAUUUGCA